AUGGGUUUAAACAGAGUGACUCAGACCAUACACGGCAAAGUAACUGCAUUGAUAGUGUAUGUGGAUGACAUGAUUAUCACAGGGGAUGAUAAAGAAGGGAUAUCCAGAAUUCAGAAACAGCUAGCGUCUGAGUUCAAGAUAAAGAACUUGGGAGGCCUCAAGUAUUUCCUGGGAAUUGAAGUGGUUAGAUCAAGACAAGGCAUAUGCCUAUCCCAAAGAAAAUAUGUGCUAGACUUGCUCGCUGAGGUGGGGAUGUUGGAAUGUAAACUAGCAGAUACUCCUAUCACUCAAAACCUUAAGCUGAGUGAGUGUUCAGAUCAAGUGCCAAUGAAUAAAGGGAGAUAUCAAAAAUUAGUUGGCAAACUUAUAUACUUGUCUCAUACUCGUCCAGAUAUUGCCUAUGCCGUAAGUGUAGUUAGCCAGUUUAUGCAUAGCCCUAGCAAAGACCACAUGGAUGCUGUGACUCGAAUACUUCGAUAUCUAAAGUCCUCAGCAGGGAGGGGACUGAUGUUUUCAAAGAAUGAUCACUUGAAAGUUGAUGGCUAUAUAGAUGUAGAUUGGGCGGGAAAAUUUUAG